AUGUGUGACAGCGACAAGCGCCCACUGUCACGCAGUGUUCUGGUGAGCAGAAACAGACUUACGCGGAUAUGGCAACGUCUGGAAGAGCCGCUGAUUGAAAUAAAAGACCGAAUUGAGGUUGCAGUUGCGCUCUACACCAACAUCGACUCGGUGAGUUCUCGUUUCGCGAUCACUUUUUUACUCUCUUCAAACUGA